GUCACCGCACUGAGCCCUGGGAAACAUGAAAGUACCCACGCAAGCCUGGUGACCACUGGAACACGGUUAUAACCUCUGCCGAGUGCCGCUCUCACCAAACAUCUUACUACUCUCCCCACAUCUGACUCUCGACAAUGGGAAAAGGCCGCAGAACGUUCAUCGUCGGGGCGGGGUGCACCGCGUUUAUAAAGCCUCGAGCGACUAGGACGACGGAGGAUAUGGGACUGGAAGCUGCUACCAAGGCUCUCUUGGACGCUGGUAUCACAUAUGAUGCGAUUGAGACGGCUGUUGUUGGGUACUGCUACGGGGACUCUACUUCUGGCCAGCGGGCACUGUACAAUCUGGGCUUGACGAACAUCCCUGUGACGAAUGUGAACAACAACUGCUCGACCGGAUCCACGGCGUUGUACCAGGUGAACCUUGCUGUCAAGCACGGCCAGGUCGACUGCGCGCUGGCUCUUGGUUUCGAGCGGAUGAAGCCAGGUUCUCUGGGCACCAAUUUCCCUGACAGAACUCCGCCAACGAUGCUCCUCAACAACCGCAGCUGGGAGAUCGAGAAGCAGGGCCUGGGGGAGAAUCACGGCCCGGGUGCGCCCCGCAUGUUCGCCAACGGAGCGCAGGAGUACUUCCAGAAGUACGGGGGAGACAUGGAGACGCUCGCUAAGAUUGCGUCCAAGAAUCACAAACACUCGGUCAACAACCCGUACUCCCAGUUCCGUGACGGCUGGAGCGUCGAGCAGGUCAUGCAGGCUCCCAAGAUCACUAAUGAGCUGACCAAGUUCAUGUGCAGCCCGACUUCCGACGGCGCCGCUUGCUGUAUCGUCGCAUCCGAAGACUUUGUGCAUGCACAUGGGUUGGAGAACCAGGCGAUCGAGAUCGUCGCGCAGAAUCUGACCACGGACGGGCCGGCAGCUUUCGAGAGCAACAGCGCGAUGGAAGUCGUUGGCUAUGGCAUGUCAAAAACAUGCGCAGACAAGACAUUCCAGGACGCCGGAUUCAGCGAUGGGCAGGGCAGAGACCUCGUCGGCGUCGUCGAGCUACAUGACUGCUUUGCGGCCAACGAGUUGAUCACCUAUCCUGCACUCGGUUUGUGUGCGGAGGACGAAGCUCACAAGAUGGUCGAGCGCGGCGACAAUACCUACGGUGGAAAGUACGUCGUCAAUCCUUCUGGCGGAUUGGAGGCCAAGGGACAUCCGUUGGGCGCCACUGGUCUCGGCAUGCACUUUUACAUCGCCAUGCAACUCAGAAACUGGGCCGGCCCUAUGCAGGCUCCCGGUCUGUUCGACAUUGCGGAUUCGCGCGGGAAAUAUGGUCUUGUGCAUAACGUUGGCCUGGGUGGCGCGGUUGUCGUUUCGCUGCUACGCCGGCCCGAGUUCUUCAAGCCCGGUGGAGAAGACGGCAGGGACAGACUGGGAUAUAACCACGCGCACAACUGCCGCCCCAUUACUAUGGCGGAUGUCGACAAGGUCAAGUCGAAGAAGAAUUCUCCGUACUUGCUCGAGCACGCGAAGCUGUGAUGGUAUUCCUCUUUAUCCAACAUGUAGUCAAGUAGCUAUCUGUGUAGUCCACUGUCCGACGCUUGUAUCGCUUCCAGGAGAUGUUGAGGAGUUGGCUUGCUGGCCAUGGCAUGCACUGUGAGGUGCGCAGUCUCCCUCAAGAAGUCCGUCGUAGUCGGUCCAAUCGAAGCUAUCCGUGUAGCCAGCAGUCGAUUAUCUACGCCGCGAAGAUCGAAAUGUUCUUGCAAGAAUGGUAUUGUGAACUCGGAACUAGACGGCGCAAAAAAGACGAUCCACCACAGGGCAGUGCCUGCAAAAGAUUGAAUCGGUCGUUCAUAGCGUCGACUGCGAAAGUACCCCGAUGUAUUGGUAGUCUCAGCACUGUGUCCAGAUCCUCUCGAAACCUGGACGAUCCGCGCGUCUCGUACACCUGCACAGUGUGCAGUUGGUGUCCUCCCGCAGCCAGAAUGUCAGGCAGCGUGUCCCGGUUCUUGUCCCCAGUCAAAUACAACAGCGGGCGGGGAUGGGGCGGGUCUCCCAGGUCCUGCAGCACAAAUCUGGCCAGUUCCUGACUGGUCCCCGACGACUCCCCCCGCACGUCACUCGGAGCAUAGGGGGAUUGCGGAUGCGCGGCCCGGAUCGCAGCCAGAGCGGUCGCAGUGGUGCUCCCGACGACAUAGAACGGCGUCCCAGUCCAAUCGGACGCCUGCAUCGUUCCUUGAGCAAAAUAAGCUGUUAGUACCGCAUCAUCUGCCGAUUCAAUCUCGGGAAAGACCUUGCGUUGGCCCGUCCUCCAGAGAGUCGACCGCCGCGCCCCAUGCCUCGCACGCGCGGGCGCUUGUGAUUAUCACCGCGUCGUAGGUGCAGCGGCCCUGCUCGCGCACGAGGGUGCGCAGUGCGUCGCCGUUGACGAGUGCGGUUUCAAGGACCGGGAGCGAGGUGCAGAGGUGUCCCGCCGCAGAGAAAGCGGUCUCAUAGCGGUCAGGGGUACCGGCAGGUGCUCUGAGCAGGAGGACGCUCGUAGACAUAGUGAGAACCAAAACCCCGGCCGCUCACCGGCUGGCUGGGGCCCGAUCUCGAGGCUAUCUACGCGAUCGAUCUUCGCACGGUGACCAUCGGCCGAAGUCACGUUCGGCUUUGAGUGUAAGUAUACUGGCUGCUACUGCUCGUCUCCCCACCAUGGCGCCGUUCAAGAAAGAAAACCCCGUCCACUCCAUGAUCGCAGGGACAACAGCCGGUGCCAUUGAGGCCUCGUUAGAUUCGUGACCUACCCCACUGAGUUCGUCAAAACCCGGACCCAAUUCGGCGGCAAAAAAGAAGGCCCCAUUGCCAUCAUCCGGGAGACGCUCAAGACCAAGGGCGUGACCGGGCUCUACUCUGGAUGCUCCGCACUGGUGGUCGGGAACGCUGCGAAAGCCGGGGUGCGAUUCGUCUCGUACGACCACUUCAAGAACGCGCUCGCGGACUCUGAGGGCAAGGUUUCGCCCGCACGCAGCCUACUCGCGGGCCUUGGUGCGGGAAUGGUCGAGGCCGUCCUAGCAGUCACUCCCUCGGAAACCAUCAAAACCAAGCUGAUCGACGACGCGAAACGCCCCGUCCCGCAAUACCGCGGACUCGUGCACGGCACCGUGUCCAUCGUCAAGCAAGAAGGAAUCGCAGGCAUCUACCGGGGCCUGUUUCCUGUGAUGAUGCGCCAGGGCGCCAACUCCGCCAUCCGCUUCACGACGUACUCGACCCUCAAGCAGUUUGCGCAGGGUGCGGCCCGGCCCGGCCAAACGCUGCCGACGACCAUCACGUUCGGGAUUGGGGCGAUCGCAGGGCUGGUGACGGUUUACACGACGAUGCCUUUAGACGUGAUCAAGACGCGGAUGCAGACACUGGAGGCGCGGGCGCAGUACUCCAACUCGUUCCACUGCGCGUACAGGAUCUUUACGGAAGAGGGCAUCCUCCGUUUCUGGACAGGAACAACGCCUCGUCUGACCCGACUUGUGCUCAGCGGUGGAAUCGUAUUCACAGUCUACGAGCAAGUGAUCAGUGUUCUGGGCGGACGGCAGGAGACAAGCGUCUGAGAUGUAUUAUCAGCAUUAGAAUACGUUAUCUAGAACUCUACUACGACAAUGGCGAUGACGACAGAUCAGGCUUGCCGGCAAGACUCUGG